GCCCUGGACGGGUUCUUCUUCGUGGUGAAUAUGGAGGGUAACAUUGUGUUUGUGUCUGAGAACGUGACCCAGUACCUGCUGUAUAACCAGGAGGAGCUGAUGAACACCAGCAUCUACAGCGUCCUGCACGUAGGAGACCACGCUGAGUUCAUCAAGAACCUGCUUCCCAAGAGCCUGGUGAACGGUGUGCCGUGGUCCAGUGAAGGUCCCAGGAGGAACAGUCACACGUUUAACUGUCGUAUGCUGGUCAACCCUCACAGUGACAACAGGGACGAGACCAACGACCAUGAGAGACAGCAACAGAAAUACGAAGCCAUGCAGUGUUUCGCUGUCUCCGAACCCAAGAGCAUCAAGGAGGAGGCAGAAGACUUCCAGUCAUGUCUGAUUUGUGUGGCUCGCAGGAUGCCCAUGAAGGCGGGGCCAAUUCUUCCCGCACACGAGAGCUUCACCACCCGCCAGGACCUUCAAGGUAAGAUCACGUCACUAGACACCAGUCUUCUGAGAGCCUCUAUGAAGCCUGUGGAAGACCUGGUGAGGACAAGUAUCCAGAGGUUUCACCUACAGAACGACGGAGAGAUGUCCUUCGCCAAGAGACACCAACAAGAGGUGUUGCAUCACGGCCAGGCAUUCAGCCCCAUCUACAGGUUCUCUCUGUCAGACGGGACCAUCGUGUCGGCUCACACCAAGAGCAAGCUGGUCCGCUCCCCUGCCACCAACGAACCCCAGCUCUACAUGUCUCUACACCUGCUACAGAGGGAACAAUCAAGGUCUGAUCUGGGCCCGGGUCAAGACAUGGGGCCCGGUGGACAGGGGCCAGGGAUCAGCCCCAACCCUUCCAUAACCCCUCCAACCCAGGGGACCCUCUCUGGUUUGGGCCCCCAGGGACAGGACACUACAAUCAGCUCCAACAGCACGUUCUGUUCCCCUCCUCAUGGAAGUCCAGGGUCCAGAGAACCAGGGCUCGGAGCCAUGGGGCCAGGGUCCAGAGAACCAGGGCUCGGACCCAUGGGGCCAAGGUCCAGAGAACCAGGGCUCGGACCCAUGGGGCCAGGGUCCAGAGAACCAGGGCUCGAAACCAUGGGGCCAGGGUCCAGAGAACCAGGGCUCGGAGCCAUGGGGCCAGGGUCCAGAGAACCAGGGCUCGGAGCCAUGGGGCCAGGGUCGGAACACAUACAGGACUACCACUACGGCUGCCCCCCCCAGCCCAUGGGCCACUCCGGAGGGUUACAGGGAGGCAUGAACCUCCACAUCCACCCUAACCAUCAAGGGGCUAAUUGGAGGAUGAGCAGCCCGUCUCGAAGCAGCCCUAGCCCAGCCGGAGGGGCCCAUCUGGGGCAACAGAUUUCUAUGUUGUCCCCUAGGCACAGGGCAAGUCCAGGGAUGGCAGGGAGCCCUCGCUUGGCCCCAAGCCUGCACUCGCCCUCCCCUGUGGGGAUGGCUGGGUCUGGAACAGGGGUUGCAGUAGGAGGUAGCGGUCCUGCGGCUAACAGUCAUGCUAACAGUCAUGCUAACAGCCAUGCUAACAGCCAUGCUAACAGUCAUGCUAACAGCUAUGCUAACAGCCACAGCUACGGCAGUAGUUCUCUGUCGGCCCUGCAGGCUCUGAGUGAGUGUCACGGGGUCAGAGAAGGCAGUGGUGAACACACACACCCUCACGGCGCAGGGGGCCAGCAUCCUCAAACACACGCCCUGGGAUCACCUGACAGGAAGACGAUGGGAUCGCCCGCUGGGAUGGCGUUGGGAUCAGGAGUCAACCCUCACAUGAUGUCGAAGCUUGGCGGCGGUAAGGGAAAUGGGGACUCUUUGGGCAGAGAGCAGGAACAUGGUCAGGGUGGACAAUAUGACCAGAGACAUACAGAUGGGAACGGUACCCACGGUAACCAUGGUACCCACGGUAACCACGCUGACAUCACAGAGGAGAGGGAUGGCCUCGACGGUGGCUCCGGCGCACAGAGCCGUAGACAACGCUGUGACAACAAGGGCCACACCAAACUCCUCCAGCUUCUCACCACCAAGUCCCAACCCCUCGACACCCCUUUGUCCCCCAACGGAGGAGGGGACCCCAAGGACCCCUCGUCAGGGCUGGGGGGCCCUUACGCUCCAGGGGGCCACGCCACCUCCCUAAAGGAUAAACACAAGAUACUUCACAGGCUGCUCCAGAACAGCACCUCUCCUGUGGACCUGGCCAAGCUCACUGCUGAGGCCACGGAGGAGCUGGGGGAGCAAGGUGGGUGUGGUAACAGACAGACGGGACACGGUACGGACGGGAACCUCACACCCAAACAGGAGCCCCUGAGUCCCAAUAAGAAGGACAACGCCCUGCUGAGGUAUCUGAUGGAUAAAGAGGACAGUGGGAUGAAGGCGAGGCAGGGGAAGACGGAGGGAGCAGGAGGGCAGGUGAAGACGGAAAAACAGGAUUCAGGAUACGACCGCGCUGAACAGUCUUCAGAGUUGGAUGAAAUCCUCGAUGAGCUGCAGUGUGUCCAGCCCUCCUCCCUCCCCUCCUCCCUGGACAAACAGACCAUCAUCAACGACAUACUGCACAUCACCCAGGAAACCAGCCCUGGCAACCCCAACGCCAUGGCAACACAGCAGCAGCAGAGGGGCAUGCAGCGAGGCAUGGGGCCAGGCA